AUGUCUCAAGCAGUGUUACUUGCUCUCGCUACGCUUCCAGCAGCUCUGGGUCUUCAGCUACCUGGGGGUGUUGGGAAGCUGCCAGCCUUAGGAUGGAACUCAUGGAAUGCCUAUGGUUGUGACAUUGAUGAGGCACGCAUCAUGCAAGCAGCCAAUGCCAUGAAAGACUUGGGCUUCCAAGCCGCUGGCUACGAGUAUGUCAACUCGGACGACUGCUGGUCACAGAUGGCAGGCAGAGAUGCUGUGACACACCAACUUCUACCCAACUUCACAAAGUUUCCGGAGGGUAUCAAAGGCACUGCGAACAAGGUGCAUGACUUGGGCUUCAAGUUCGGCAUCUACUCGAGUGCAGGCACUAUGACAUGUGGCCGCUACCCAGGCUCGAUCGGCUAUGAAGCCAUCGACGCAGAGACCUUCGCUUCAUGGGGUGUUGAUUACCUCAAGUACGACAACUGCUUUCCGCCAGAAGAGUGGUACGAUGACUGUUUGUCUUGCGAGCCUGACCCGAGCUUUUCUCCCACUGGCAUUGUCAAUGGUACUUGUUCGAACAGCACUCCACCUGUGAACCACUACUCGUUCACCCGCCCGAUCCCCAUCUGUGCAGAUGGAUGGCCUGUCGAUGGUAUCAACUAUACCGCCAAGUACACCGCGCUCAAGUUCCGCAUUAUGGGCAAUGCUUUGUUGGCGCAGAACAGGACUAUCUUGUAUAGUCUGUGCGAGUGGGGUGUUGAUCUGCCAUGGACUUGGGCCAAUGGCACGGGUCAGUCAUGGCCUUCGUGGAGCCGUAUUUUGCAGAUCCUGAACCAGAACUCAUUCCUCUCCGACUACGGCGAUUUCUACGGUCACAACGAUGCAGACAUGCUCGAGGUUGGAAAUGGCAACCUCACAGACGAAGAAGUCCGCUCGCACUUCUCGCUCUGGGCCAUGAUGAAGUCGCCCUUGCUCAUUGGUACCGACGUGACAAAGCUCAGUGCUCAUAACAUCGGUGUCUUGCAGAACAAAGCACUGCUCGCAUUCAACCAAGACCCGAUUUAUGGCAAGCCGGCUGCACCGUACAAAUGGGGAAUCAACCCGGAUUGGACUUACAAUACUACAUUCCCAGCUCAGUACUGGUCUGGAGCAUCGUCAAACGGCACGAUGGUGGCUUUGUUCAACCCUUUGAACAACACGGUGUCGAUGACUGCUGACUACAGCGAGAUCCCGGAGCUUGAUGCAGGAGGCUGUUAUCAGGUGUUGGAUAUUUGGAACAGCACUGACCUUGGAUGCAAGAAGAAUAGCGUUACUGUGGAUGUCGCGCCUCACGAUACAGCUGUGCUGCUGUUCGAGCACUCGUGUUGA